AUGCCGCCAAAAAAGCGCGCCUCUGCCGUAAAAAAGAUACGGCGAAAGGCGCUGUCCGCUCAUAAAGGCAAAGCGCAGGGAACGGCAGCGCGACUGAAGACAGCGCCGUCAGCUCACACAGCGGUUACAGACAUCAAGAGCAUCGACACGCUCGAAGGGUACAAGCGGUUAGUGGCCAAGGCGUGCACCGAAGCCACUAGCGAGCCGGAAAAUGGGCUCCACGGUGUCAAGGCGCUCUUCGACGUCGUAGCAGGUCGCGGUGGCGGCACUGCCGAACUGAAAGAGUACGCUAGUGUUCUAGCGCUGAGGUCGAUGGUAGCUGUUGCUGUCCAUCUCAUCCCGCGCAUAUCGUACGAACUGCUUGACGAGGAGGAUGAAGGUGCCGACCAACCGGAUGGCAAAGGCGCUACUAGUGAUAAGGGCGCAACUACUAGCGCGAAGCAGAAGGCCGCUCCAGCUUCAAAGGCUAAGAAACCGCCUACAAUGGCCAGCAGCCUCGUAGAAACGGAAAGGACGAUUUCUAAACAAGUGGUGGAGCUGCGGGACAUGCUGGUGAAACAUUGCUCCAACCAUUUGAACAAAAAGCCCGAACUCAUCGUGCCACUGGUGGCCAGACUGUCGGCGGCCGAAACGAAGCCAAAUCCUCGGCUGAUACGCCUGUGCGCCGAGUGUUGCAAUAUCGAAGACGAGGGGCUGGCGCAGGUCUGCCUCGGCAGCAUCACGGAGGUGCUGGAGCAGUCUUCCAUCCGUGACCUCGAAAAGAUCAUACCGAUACUGCUCAAGACAAACCGCCCGCAAGCUGCGCUGUUGCGGGCCAUAAACUCGAUCCCGCUCGCUAGGAAACAACACAGCUACAAGCUCAUCAGCGAGAAGGAGCAGACAGCGGACAAGCACAUCGAGGAGAUACUAACGUCGGUUAUCGCGUUCUACCUUCGCAUACUCGCGCAAUGCACGGGCGAAAUGCUAGAGGAAUGCCUCAAGGGGUUAUCCAGGAUGGGCGCGCUGGUCAACGAGACGCUGCAAAAGGAGAUCCUGGCAAAAAUGAAGACUAUCAUUCUCAGCGCGACGUCGCUGAGGCCGGCCACGCAUGUACGGGUAUUGCAGGCCGCAGCGUCGCUCAGCCGCGUGCUACAAGCACAAUCGCACUGGAUCCUGCAGGAGCUGGCGCGGAUGGUCCAGAACACGGCACCAUACCUCUGCCAGGGCGAGGCGAUGCAGGAUGGGGAAUACGUACAUUUCUCCGAGCCGUGUUAUACGUGGGACGUGAUCAGAACGGUACAGGUGGUGAUCAGCCAUUCGGCCAGCGUGGCAGCGGCGGCGGAAAUGGAGGACCUGGUGAAGCUGGUCCAACAACUGCUCGCGCUGUGCCUGGUAUGUGAUUCGGCAGCGGCCGAAGCGCUAAUACGCGAGGUCGCGAAGGUUAUCGACAGGGUGCCGCAAAUAGCUGGUGUCAUCGAGCCGGACGGCAUGAUCUUCUCGGUGCUUGCCAAGAGGGCCACCAGCUUCUGGGAGAUCGAGCUCAUGUGCAAGCACGUGGCUCCCCAAAUCGCAGACACGGCCAAGGAGCUCAAGCGGCAAGCUGUGGGAGGCGCGCCGACACGGAACAAGGCCGCUGCGAGCACACACCGCAAGGCCUCGGCCCGCGACCUCGCCGCCUGCGGGAGCGAUGUAGACGCCGACGGCCCAGCGAGUCCAAGAAGGCCGAGGACGCUCGGCCACGGGACGAUGAAUUUCAUUAAGGGCAUCGUCGACGGCAUCCUGGCGGAGGACGCCGACACAGACGACCGACGCUCGGGCGGCUACAGGGCCGCUCAUGGCGGACCGAGGGCGGAACACGACCUCGGGUUACGACACACCGACGCGCUCGCGCGGGAGCUGGACAGCGUGUACCGCGACGAGCGCCGUAACUGCAUCACGUCACUGAUCGUUAGGUACGGAGAGGGAUGCGUGCAGCAGCUCAACGAGCUGCUCAAAACCAACAACCGGACCAUCGCCGAUUUAGCCAAGCAACUCGAUGAUGCCUAUCGGUCGCUGGGCGACUUCAACAGCGACCUGGAAGAGCUCUCGCAGGAAAACGUGGCCCUCAGGAGGCGCAACGCGGAGCUCGAAAACCAGCUGGAACUGCUGAAUUCGGAGAAUGUCAGUCUCAAAUCGCUGGUUGAGCAGGCUGAGAUUGAGGCAAAAUCGCAGGAAAGGCGCAUUGGCGGCAUGGCAGAGCUGCUGAAGCAAAACGCGGUCACCUUUGACGACAUGCGCGAUCGCUGCACGGCCGUAGCAGAAUACGCCGCCCAAAUAGAAAGCCUCAAGGCGCAAUUGUCGGUUGCUAACUCCCACAUCGAAGCGCUCACGAAGGAACGGGAUGCGCUUGUCGAGCAUGCGCCGGAGGACGAACAUCGCAUCAAGGAGGCUAUGCGCAAGCAGGAUCGCGCACUCUCCAUUGCCAAACUCAUGGCGCAGGAGGCCUCCUACCUGUCUGCGCAGAACGUGCAGCUCAAGAAUCAGCCGAGGCCGGAAACCAGCCAGCAGCAACUUUCGCAGGCGGUGCUCCAGGCGGAGGAGCUCCGGACACACGUCGAGAAGCUCAACGACGAAAACGGCCACCUAAAGGACGUCAACGAGAAGUUGCACAACAUGUACGCCGAUCUCAGCAAGUCGUCGAAACAACUGAAGGACUCCUUCCUUGCUGAGGCCAUCCAGGCCCUGGGGACGCGGCACCUCAAACAGCUCACGCCGGUGCAGCUGGUGUUCAUCCAGCCGACCAGGGUGCUCGAUCUGGACCUGGAUCUUGACUUCGUCAGGGACGAACUGGCGCGGAGCAUGCGAUCACCGUACCAACAGAGCAAUGUACACAUGGACAGCAGGACGUUUGACGUGGCCAGAGAGGCGCAUGUAAUGCGACCUGUGGCCGCUGAGCCAGCGACUCCAGCCUCGCCAAAUGUUGCUUUCGGCACCGUUUCGCAGUUGAGAACACCGCAGCCUGCACCGGCGUACGCGGAGUCAGUGACACCCACCACACGCCAAGCGAGCCCCCACGGAAGCAUGAGCAAGAAUUCAUGGGACGACGAUUUCGACCUGUACGACGAAAUAUUGCACGAGGAACAUGCGGCCCCGGAGGAACCUCAGCCCCAAACCGCUGUGUCAGCGCAUGCUUCCCCAAUACUGGAACCCCUGAGGACUCCAGUGCAACCAACGCCGACCACACCAGUAACGCUUGCCGCGGACGUUAAGUUGGACCUGACGAAGAGCAAAGGCGCCUGGGACGAUGACUUAGACGAACUGCUAAAUGAACAGUAG